AUGUUGGAGAACAGAGUACGACAUAAUAAUUUCAAAUCGGUUACCAGAGCUUUUCUAAGCUUGAACCGCACUUCACCGUACAGUAAUAGUGUCGACGACUUUCUCACAGAGGCAGGAUGGAUUGUGUGGGCACAACGACUUGAGGAAACCAAAAUACUGAAUCUGGAACUGACAGCCGUGAAAGGUGUUACUGAUGCUGUCCUUGAGCAUUUUGAACAAGUCGAAAGCUCGGUGCUAUUGCGUGUUUCACGGAUCUAUAGUCUCACCAAUGCAGGAAUCAAUGCUUUUCGUAUCAUUGAAGGAUCUAGUAAAAAGAUUGAAGUCGUGGGGUGUUCAGGAUUAUCUCGGACAGAUGAUCUUCUUUUCCAGGUUGGAUUGUUGUGA